UCAUAUUAGUGGUAAAAAAACUUUACAAGAUUUAGGUGAGCAUCUUAUGUCAAUCGUAAAAGAACUUAAAAAUUUUCUUACAAGAACUUUUUUCAAAAUAAACUUGUGAAAUUUUUACAAAAUUAGAACAAACAAUCAUAUAUAAUCACUUAAUUGGGGUAAAUAAAAAGAAUUGAAUAAAUAGAGUUGGGAAUGGGAAUUAGCGAAGCAAGAGGUGGAGGAAGAAGUAGAGGUCCAUAAUCCAUUGCGUCCCAGUCCUUUUCCUCCCCUUUUACUUUCUCUGACGUCCAGUACUUUUUCUAUUCACUUUUAUGCAAUACCUAUCCUUUCCUCUGCAGCUCAUUUUUUCUUCUACAGCAAAAGAAAGAGAGCAAAAAGGUGACAACACACCAACAAAACAAAGCAAUGCUUGUUUAUGGCGAAGCUCCUCUCUCCGUCUCUGCGCCUGCGCUUGAUGAUAACUCCAAACACUGCUCUCCUCAUCAUCACCUCAAUCACUCUUCUUCUCCAGUCACCCUCAUGUUCGUGGAUGUGUCUUUCAGACUUAAGCAGCUGCAUGACACAACCACCAACAUGUUCGCCUGGCCGUCUUCCGACGUGGAGAAUCCCACAAUCCACCAUCUUCAAGAACGGACCAUCUUGAACGGCAUCACCGGCGUGGCGGAACCCGGGAAAGUCUUAGCUGUCCUGGGGCCCUCCGGAAGUGGCAAAUCGACGCUGCUCAACGCGCUCUCCGGCCGUCUUCACCACGCCCACGGACUUACUGGAACUAUCCUCUUUAACAAUCGCAAGUUAACAAAAUCCAUUCAGAAAAAAACCGGUUUUGUGUCACAAGAUGAUGUGUUCUAUCCACAUCUAACAGUCCGAGAAACUCUCGUCUUCUGCUCCUUGCUGAGGCUUCCAAGUUCAGUGCCCAAAAAUCAAAAGUUAGCCAUCGCGGAAUCUGUCAUUUCUGAAUUAGGUUUGGCGAAAUGCGCGGACACGAUCAUCGGCAACAGCUUCAUUCGAGGGGUUUCCGGAGGGGAAAGAAAAAGAGUAAGCAUAGGGCAUGAGAUGUUGGUAGACCCGAGUUUGUUGAUUCUGGAUGAGCCCACUUCGGGGCUGGACGCGACGGCGGCGUACAGGCUGGUAGCGACGCUGGGGGGACUGGCGGCGAAGGGGAAGACGGUGGUGAUGUCGGUGCAUCAGCCAUCGAGCCGUGUUUACCAGAUAUUUGAUGAAUUGUUGGUGUUGUCGGAGGGGAGGUGUAUUUACUUGGGUAAAGGGAGCGAGGCGAUGGGGUACUUUGAGAGCAUCGGGUUCUGGCCAAGUUUUCCCAUGAAUCCCGCUGAUUUCUUGCUUGAUCUCGCUAAUGGCGUAUGUCAAGUUGACGGUACAAGUGAUAAAGAGAAGCCUAAUGUGAGGCAAGCCCUCGUAUCAUCUUACGACAAUCUUCUUGCACCCAAGGUAAAAGCGGCUUGCAUGGACGCCCCCAUGAGGAUGAUGUUUCCAGAAGAAACUCCAAUAAUCACAGCCGCCAAUAAUGCUACAAGCAAACAUUACAAAUCCUGGGACAGUGAUGUUUCCUCGUGGUUCAAUCAGUUCAUCAUUCUACUCCAAAGAAACCUCAAGGAGAGAAAGCACGAAACCUUCAACUCAUUGAGAGUUUUCCAAGUGAUGGUGGCCUCAUUACUAGCCGGUUUCAUGUGGUGGCAUUCUGAUUAUCGGGACAUCCAGGACCGCCUUGGCCUUCUAUUCUUCAUCUCCAUCUUCUGGGGCGUCUUCCCUUCCUUCAAUGCAGUAUUCACAUUUCCUCAAGACCGAGCCAUCUUCAUCAAGGAACGUGCAUCGGGUAUGUACACAUUAUCAUCCUAUUUCAUGGCCCGGAUCACAGGAGACCUGCCCAUGGAGCUUAUCCUCCCAACCACUUUCCUCGCCGUAACGUAUUGGAUGACGGGACUAAAACCCCAACUCUCAGCAUUUGUAUUGACACUGAUGGUGGUGUUGGGGUACGUGCUGGUGUCUCAGGGGCUGGGGCUUGCACUUGGUGCUCUGAUCAUGGAUGCCAAGAAGGCUUCAACUGUGGUCACUGUCACAAUGCUGGCAUUUGUUUUGACAGGAGGGUACUAUGUGCACAAAGUAGCAUCUUUCAUGUCAUGGAUAAAGUAUAUUUCCACCACAUUUUACACCUAUAGACUUCUUAUCAAAGUUCAAUACGGAGAAGGGAAAAGCAUUUCGUCAGUGCUGGGUUGCUCAUCAUCGGGGCUGGGGGGACAAUUAGAUACAUCAGCCGCCACCUGCAGCUUCAUCAAUCAAGACAUCCGAGGACAAACACCAGCGGCAGUGUGUGUGGGGAUAUUGUUCAUCAUGUUUAUAGGAUACCGACUACUGGCGUAUAUGGGUCUAAGGAGAAUUAGAGCGUGAAUCCUAAUGAACUAAAUGAUAUCAUGGAAUAUUAUUAUAUGACAUAUGGAUAAAAUCCCAACUGCAGGCAGGUUGAAUCGUUGAUACAUGUGAUUAUGUUGGAAAUAAAAUUAUAUAGUGUAGGUGCUUGCAUGUUUUUUUGAACA